AUGGAGCCUCCUCCGAUCUUCAGUGCAGACGCAACUGUCGCCUUCCUUUCAGGGAAGACUCGCCGAGUGCUUACUCUCCAGCUGCCGUCUCUCGAAACGUCUUCUGACAGCUUUCCUACGAAUAUCAGAGAUCCGCAAAAGUCACUCAAACCUGGUGAAAAGGUUGACUGGUAUCUUCGUGAUGACUUGGCAGCAGUCAAUAUCUAUCGGGCCAAGCUUGGUGAUUUAGUUGCCGAAGAAUUUGGGUUCCAUGGAACUGAGGACUGGAUGCUUCGAGAUCUCCCUACUGGAUAUGCUAUCUUCACAUCUCAGAAGGGAACAGUUGACGACAAGGGAAAGCUUGUCAUCGAGCGCCAGGAUUCGUAUCUCUACGGCCACCAAUCUGGAGCUAGAUACCGUUCACCAAAGGAGUUUCUACCACAUGUUGCCAGUAUCAUCAGACAAAACGAGGAUUCUCUAAGUGGUCUCCCAAGAAACACCACGAUCACCCACGAUCCACUUUACGCGUGCAGUUGCCAACACUGCACCAAAAAGACCAGGCGACCAUCCCAAACCACAAUGUCGCGUCAAGCCGAGUUAAUCUCCAAGAGCAGAUCAAUCGCAAUCAUGGCUAACUACCAGCAUGCCCUUUCCGAGAGGCGCCAGGACCUCAACGAUGGGGCCUGGAGGUUCCGCCAAGGUGAGUUGGUGUGGGUGUUCGAGGCACCCAGAAAACCCACUGGUUCCGGGGACCUCGAAGAGCCCCUCAGGCUCUCCGAUCCAUCGGACCCCGAUGGCACCUUUGGUGCGGGAGGGAGAUGGAUCGCCGGCUAUAUCGUCGGGUCGUCGACGGCCGUUGUCAUGGGUUCGACCAAACCCAUGACAAUCGACGACUAUGCCGACGCAUACAUGGUCGACGAGCCUGAGGGGACCCACUACCGGAUCCAGAAGUGCGGUAGUGACAAUUACGUCAAGGACUACAACCUAAGAUAUGUCCUGCCAUGGGCCAAGACUCCAGUUAAAGAUGACGCUCGCGGAAUUGUCAUCGACCAUGUCUCGAGGGGGGCCGCCAUGAGGCCCUCCAUGGCGGUUUUUCAGGUCGCUCGUAAGAACGUCGCACCAUCGUUCGAUGGGGCCAAGAUCAUCUACGAGCUGGAGGGUGUUUUCUUCGGCCCGGAGAAAAUCUGGGUCGGGGAUGCAAUUCGCAUCCAAAAGAAAAACCCGCCGCCACCGGACAUGUCUGUCUGGGACCCAGCUUCGCAUGGCCUUAUGGUCAUCCGUAAGCUAGGUCUCGCCGUGGGCCACACUGAGGGCCAGCCAGAUAAUACUCUCAGGUAUAUCACUCUCUACUUCGUCGGCGAUCUUCUUUCCACGGAUCCUCCUCGUCCUCUCGAUCCGAUCCCCUUUGAGAUCCCAUUCUACCUGGAGAAAGCCGGUACAGACUACGGUAAAUGGGUUGGCAGUGCCGAUUCCGAGAGCAAAUCGAUGGAAGGGAUUGUCAGCGCACCUGUGGUCUUGAGUCGAUACUAUGACCCGAGAAUAAUGCAACUAAUUGACACUAACUAUCAGACCAUCGAUUCUGUCAUCAGGGUCGAUGGAAUCAUGAACGAUCGUGCCCUGUCCUGUGGGUUCACUCUCCUAAACGGAGAAAGCCUUCGUCCUCCCACUACUAUUGCUCCGUUGGCUCGCAACAAUCACAUGGGAACUCCAGCUAUGGAAACUCCUGGACCGGAAGAUGAACACCAAUCUCGAGAUUCUGGCGAAAGGCAGAAGCGUCCAAAACUCCACUGA